UAAAAAAGAAACAAAAAAGGGCAUUAAUCACCUUCUCUCUCUUUCUCUCUCAUAUGGAGGAGUCUCUAAGGAAGCUGGCUCUCUGGCACACAAAGACGUUCAAGCCCAUCAUGACCCACGACGAGUUGGAGCCAAUCAUGGCCACCCUCGGCUUCAUUGGUCUUCCCUUAUCACCAUCACCGGCGGCCAACACAGGCGGCGUAGCCUGGAAAGAGUACGUAUAUUCCGCUUCCGGGUACCGGAAUCCAUCACCGAUGGAGCCGCUGCCCCGGCCGAAGCUGCCUUAUCCGAGAAUCGACGGCCUGCAUACCUACACGUAUCGUGCCUUCAUCGAUGCCGUCACCUUUUACAUAGGAAACUGUGAUAUUGGGAGCGAUAUCUCUGAUAUCUUCCAUAUUAGGGGAAUGCCACUCCAUAGAGUUUAUGAUCGGCCCUUCGAUAAGAAGUUUCGUCGAUUGGAUGAGGAUGAAAGCAUCUAUGUUUUCAGAGAGGGGACUCUGGAUCAAGCAACAUAUUCACUUUACAAUAGCAACAAGAAUAGCAAUGGCAGCAUCUAUAGCAACAACAAUGUCAUCAUCCACAGCAAGGCCAAAAACACUAGCAUAUUCAAUCUAGUUCCAUUGAAAGACAUCAUAGUUUGAUCUCUUCACACCCCCUUUUCCCCCAAAGCAACCCACCAAAUUUUUGUAGUUAAACAUUGAUCAACUUUUUAUGAUCUCAUCAUCUGUUGUGACA